AUCGACAAGGACUUUUACAUCGUCCCCAACUAACCCGCAGUCAUGUCGCAUCGCAAGUUUGAAGCGCCCCGCCAUGGCUCUCUGGCAUUCUUGCCUCGCAAGCGCGCCGCCCGUCACCGUGGAAAGGUCAAGAGCUUCCCCAAGGACGACCCGAAGCAAAAGACCCACCUCACCGCCGCCAUGGGCUACAAGGCCGGCAUGACCACCAUCGUGCGCGACCUUGACCGACCUGGUGCGAAGUUGCACAAGAAGGAGAUCGUCGAGGCAGCUACUGUCAUCGAAACCCCUCCGAUGAUUGUCGUUGGUCUGGUUGGCUACAUCGAGACACCCCGCGGACUCCGCUCGUUGACUACUGUCUGGGCUGAGCACCUUUCGGACGAGGUCAAGCGCCGAUUCUACAAGAACUGGUACAAGAGCAAGAAAAAGGCCUUCACCAAGUACGCCAAGAAGCACGCCGAGGAGGGCGGCAAGUCCAUCACCCGCGACCUCGAGCGCAUCAAGAAGUACUGCACUGUCGUCCGCGUCCUCGCCCACACCCAGAUCAGCAAGACUCCUCUCAAGCAGAAGAAGGCCCACCUCAUGGAGAUCCAAGUCAACGGAGGUUCCAUCGCCGACAAGGUCGAAUUCGGCCAGGGUCUUUUCGAGAAGCCCGUCGAGAUCGACUCCAUCUUCGAGCAGAACGAGAUGAUCGACUGCAUCGCCGUCACCAAGGGUCACGGUUUCUCCGGUGUCACCAGCAGAUGGGGAACCAAGAAGCUUCCGCGCAAGACGCACAAGGGUCUCCGCAAGGUCGCUUGUAUCGGUGCAUGGCAUCCUUCCCACGUCCAAUGGUCGGUCGCUCGUGCCGGUCAGGACGGUUACCACCACCGUACCUCGGUCAACCACAAGGUCUACCGCAUUGGCAAGGGCAACGACGAGGGCAACGCCACCACCGACUUCGACCACAGCAAGAAGGCCAUCACCCCUCUCGGUGGCUUUGUCCGCUACGGUGAGGUCAAGAACGACUUCGUGCUCCUCAAGGGUUCCGUCCCUGGUGUCAAGAAGCGUGUCAUGACUCUCCGCAAAUCAAUGUUCAUCCACACCUCCCGCCGCGCACUCGAGAAGGUCGAGCUCAAAUGGAUCGACACGUCCAGCAAGUUCGGUCACGGCGCAUACCAAACACCCGCCGAGAAGAAGCAGUUUGUCGGUACCCUCAAGAAGGACCUUGUUGCUUCAUCGUAAAAGUACAGCGUUUCGCAUGGGGUUGGUGGAAGCGGCGUUGGUCAUGGAUCCUGAUGAAGGGCUCACGGGGCUCACAUGGCAUUAUGUAGUUUCAACGAUACCAGAAACUUCUUUGCCUUCCACA